CGUUUAUUGUCUGUUAAUCUGUAUUCUACGGUCUUAAGCUUGCAUCGGCCAAAGAGAACUCAUCGUCAAACCCUAGAGAAGGAGAUUCGGUUGAAGAGCACCUAACAUUAACGAUCGGAUUCAACAAUCCAUAAACUGUAUGGCCUUCAAACCCAUCCACUCUUUUCAUCUCUCAAAUCCAUUUCAACUUCCACAAAUCAACACUCAUUUACACUCAAUUACUUCAUCAAUUCAUGUGGGUUGAGUCCAGAAACUGCUAUUUCAGCUUCCAAAAAAGUCAAUUUUAAAACCCUAGACAAACCAGAUUCAGUUCUCAACUUCUUCAAGAAGCAUGGAUUCAGCGAAACCCAGAUCUCAUCUCUCAUCAGAAAAGUCCCAAGACUUCUCGUAGCGGAUCCCAACAAAACCCUUUUACCCAAAUUCGAAUUCUUUUACUCCACUGGCAUUUCCAGCACCGAGCUCGCCAAGAUAUUGUCCACUAGCCCAACAAUAGUGAAACGGAGCUUGAAGAACCAAAUCAUACCAUUUUUCAAUUUUUUAAAGAGUUUCUUCCAUUCAAAUGAUAAGUUUAUGGCGGCCUUUAAACAAUUUCCUGAGGUUGGAGUGCGCUGUCACAGUGCUACUUCAUUGCGCAACAUUGAAAUUUUGAGACAACACGGCGUGCCGGAUUCCAAUAUUAUGUUCUUACUUACGGCUCAGCAUAGGUCACUCAACUUUAAUCCUGAGAGAUUUAAUGAGGUAGUGGGGGAUGUUAAGAAAAUGGAUUUCGACCCUUCAAAAACCCAGUUUGUUAUAGCAGUUAAAGCAUUGAUGUCAAUGAGCAAAUCAACAUGGAAAAGGAAGAUGGAGGUUUAUGAGAAGUGUGGUUGGUCUGAGGAAGAAACAAUGUUGGCUUUUGCAAAAGAUCCGUGGUGCAUGACGGUAUCCGAGGAGAAGAUAAUGGCAUCGCUGAAUUUUUAUGCCAACACGAUGGGUUGGGUGUCUUCCCUAAUUGCCCAUCGUCCAAAAUUAAUGUCAAUGAGCUUGGGUAAGAGGAUAAUUCCCAGGUGUUCAGUACUUAAAGUUUUGAUGUCGAAAGGUUUGAUUAAGAAUCCCAGUAGUGCAAUGUCAUCUUUGUUACGCACAGAGAGCUUGUUCCUCAAGAAGUUUGUGACCUGUUAUGAGGAAGCUCCUCAGUUGCUGAAACUAUAUCAAGCAAAAUUGGACCUUUCAAAAUUACAUGGUAGUGAUUAUAAAGAUAAACGAGUAAUGGAAAAGGCCAAGGGAUCUACUCAAAGAACCGACAUUCAUACUCUAUCUUGUCUCAUAAUCAAUGCUAUCAUCUUGUCAUGAUUUCAGUUUGAACAAUUUAUACACUGACUUUGUUUGAAAAAAGAUUUGUGUUUAUGGUACAAAAACUUAAUAUUACUGAAUGUUAAAUGAAAGGUUAUUCUAAAAUUUAUCUGUAUUUCUUAGCUAAUAUUACUGAAUGUUCUGAUUGGUAUGUUUACAAUAAUUAGAAUAUUUUCUUAUUCUUCUAUCAAAUGCUAAUUAAGAAUAAUUUCUUUUACCCCUCUAUCUUCUCUGUUACACUUCAAAUUACAACCCUUUGACUGUUUUGUCUCCUAACUGAUUCACUGAAGUGGUUUUGUUGAAUCAAAACUGAAAGCUCAUGCACCUAUAUGUCUCUAUGUUGAUAACAAAUUAUUGUGGGCAAGGAUGUCAUAUCAGCUAGCAUUUUCAGAUUAAGGACUUGGGUCCUAGUGACAUGGGAACUAUAUUAUCAUAAAGGGGACCAUAGGACAAUGAAUUUUACUAUAGUCCAUAAGUAGUCUGCAGUUACUAUCACCAAAUUGUGAUUCUAAUUGGGCAAGUUGUCGAGAGGCUUGAAGCCAAUUCACUGUUACACCCUCCUCUUCCGCUGAAUCUGAGUAUCGUUCUAGGUUAUUUUUAUUUAUUUAUUUUUUUUCUUUUCGUCUCGUGAAAUUACAAGGUUGCAGUACCCUUUAUUUGAUAUUAGCAUUCCCAACCAUGA